AAUUCAAUGGACUUAUGUAAAAAACUGUGAUAAUAUAGAAGGCAAUCCGAUGAUGUGGAGUCCAGUCUCGGGUGGAGGGACUGAUAGUAUAGCUCCCUCUGCUCGAACAAAACAUAGUGCAACGUUGGUGGGAGCUUAUGUAUAUUUAAUUGGUGGUCGUAAUGGGAAUUUACCCUUAAAAGAUAUGUGGAAAUAUGAUAUAGUUGAAGGGCGAUGGUCGCAAUUACAACCCACUGGAGAAAAACCACCUUGUUUACAAGAGCAUACUGCCGUAGCUUACAAAGAUGGAUUAUAUGUUUUUGGUGGUGAAGUCGGAUUCUCCUCAGCUACUGAAACACCAUUAUGGUACUACGAUAUUAAGCGAAAUACGUGGCGUAAAGUAAAAACUCAAAAGGGUGUGUCAGUUCCUCGAGGAAGACGUGGUCAUUCGGCAUUAAUUCAUAAAAAUUCAAUGUUGAUUUAUGGAGGCUAUCAAGACUUAAGAGGAUCUUCCAAUGAAUUGUGGUCCUUCGAUUUUGAAACGGAAUCUUGGCAUUUAUUAUCAUCAAAAAAGACACCAAAUGGAAGAAUCAACGCCAACAGUGAUUCGGUUCCACCUGGAAGGCAUAAACAUUCAGCUGUUAUGCACAAUGAUGCGAUGUGGGUUUAUGGUGGAAUGACCGAUUUAAUUGAACGGAAUGAUCUUUGGAAAUGGUGUACGGUUUCUAAACAAUGGUAUCAAUAUAAAUCAAAACAUAAUCCUGGACCUUUACAUAGUCAUGCUGUAUGUAAAUUACCGGGAUCUAUGCUUAUAUUUGGCGGCGAAAGUAAUGGUCAACCUACAAAUGAUUUAUGGAAAUUUAAUUUUGCACUUGAAGGUUGGGAAAAAGUUCAAAUUGAUGGGUUAAAACCUCAACCACGUGCAGAAAGUAAAGCAUUUGCUGUGUCCGAAUUUCUGUUAAAAGUUGGCAAUGUAGCAAACGACUCUGCAGAUAAUACAAAACCUGCUAAACCUGUAAUGAGAACGAGGUCUCGAACAAGUUCAUCUGUAGAUAGAGCGCAACGACAUUCAUCAUAUCUUCCACAAAAUCGUAUAACUCCUUGUGAGAAAACAUACGUUUUCCAGCCAACAACCAAUAAUUACAUAGAUGGUAGUGACGAAUCAUUUCAUAAAUCAUUAAUCUCAAACAGCAAUACAACAUACAAAUCAGCUCAACCUGGAAGUUUUCUACGUGAAAUUCAGAAAUUAUCACAACUAAAUUUAUCGAAAUUAAGUCAUAAUAAAUGUAGUUACAGUGUUUUAAAUAGUACAAACACUGAAAGUACAGAAAGUCUUCUACGACAACAUGGUGCCGGUGUUCAUGAAGAAAAUCUUUCAGUCACGCCUGUACGAAAUAUGAUGGUAAAGUCUCAGUCAGAACAUUUUACAAAUAAAAAACGCUUAAGCUGUCAAAUAUCCCCAGAACAAAUGAAUGACACAAACAAAAAUCCACAAAGAUCCUGCAAGGCACCAACCACAUCAGAAGAUAAACAACCAAUGCCAAGUCGAAAAUAUGAAAUGAAACGCGAACCAAUAUCAGUACCUAAUUUUAGUACGAUUGUAUUGCCAACGCCAGUUUUAACGCCUGUAGAAGCAACGAAAUUGGUAUAUUUAGAUUCUGAAGACGACGAUGACUUGCAGGACCCUUGUAUUCAUUCAAUUGAAGUAAAACAAAAUACAAAAGACAACACAUUUUAUGACACAUUUAAACCUGCUUCACGCGAUGAAAGUUAUAGCUCACAUUUAUGUGCUUCAAUUUAUCAAAAUAUUCCAAAAUCAGCAUCAGUUAAAUUUCAGUGUCCUGGCUUGGAAGAAGUGUCCGAUGAGAGUGUUUCAACAUCAGAUUAUGCUUCAGUUGAAAGAGUUAAUCAUCAAAAACUAAAUGGAAACAAGCCUGAAGAAAUUAAAAAAGGUAUUUUGAAAACACCAACACCGGCUUCUGAGGGUCCAUUUGGAUUUUCAAAUCCACAUUACAUGGGUCCUGAUAUUCAAGAAUUUUUAACGAAUGGUAAUAGUAAUCGACAUUCUUGGAAUGUUUCCGACUCCAAAGCACAACAAUAUGCUAAGUUAUUAAAUACUCCGGACAGUGGUGUCGGAGAUAUGUCGUCUGGUAAAAGUAAUAGUCGACAUAUGUUUUUAAUGGAUGAAUUAGAAAUGCAACAUUUGGAUACAAAAGUGAAUAAUGAGGGUAAAACACAAAUCGAUAACUCAACAAAACGCAUUCCACCAAACACAUUAACAUUGAUUAAUGAUAGUAUACAAAAGCGUUCUGACAAAACAAGGGCAAGUAGUGCCAGUCGAGUUGAAAGGGUUCGAACAGAAAAACCUACAAUUCCUGUUCAAAUACAAAAUGACACAAAAGAUGUGACCAUUCCUUCUGAUUCAAAUUUGCAAUUACAUGUUUUUAUUAUUGGUGGCAAAGAACAAGGUCAAAUAACUGUUUUUAAACGACCAAUAUCUAUAUGGAGGCUGAAAUUAUAUUAAGGCUAUCAAUACAAUAUUGUUUGCAUUAUUUAAUCACUUAUUGUAGACUGAGUACU